AUGUCGGCCUACACAACGAACGGCGGUCAAGAGACCGAGAAGAUUAACACCAACAUCGUGACUCUUACCCGCUUCCUCACCGAAGAGCAGGCAAAACACAAGGAGGCCACCGGAGAUUUCACUCUCCUGUGCCACGCCCUGCAAUUUUCCUUCAAGUCCAUCGCCUACUACAUCCGUCGAGCUACCCUGGUCAACCUGACGGGUCUGGCCGGUUCCUCCAACACUACCGGUGACGACCAGAAAAAGCUCGAUGUCAUCUCCAACGACCUCUUCAUCGAGGCCAUGAGGUCGUCCGGCAAGUGCGCCCUGCUGGUCUCUGAAGAGGAGGAGGACGUCAUCUUCUUCAAGGACAGCGCCGGCGCGCGCUACGCCGUGGCCUGCGACCCCAUCGACGGUUCCUCCAACCUGGACGCCGGUGUCUCCGUCGGCACCAUCUUCGCCAUCCACAAGCUGCAGGAGGGCUCCACCGGCACCAAGGAGGACAUCCUGAAGCCCGGCACCGAGCUCGUCGCCGCCGGCUUCACCAUGUACGGCGCCUCCGCCCAGCUCGUCAUCACCAUGAAGGGCGGCACCGUCAACGGCUUCACCCUCGACAACGGCGUCGGCGAGUUCAUCCUCACCCACCCCGACAUGAGGCUCCCCAAGUCCCGCGCCAUCUACUCCGUCAACGAGGGUAACUCGCUCUACUGGGAGGACUCCACCAACAACUACUUCAACUCGUUGAAGACCCCGCAGGAGAACGGCAAGCCCUACAGCGCCCGUUACAUCGGUUCCAUGGUUGCCGACGCCUACCGUACCCUGCUGUACGGAGGCGUCUUCGCCUACCCCGCCGACAAGAAGAGCCCCAAGGGCAAGCUCCGUAUCCUGUACGAGUGCGCCCCCAUGGCUCUGGUGUUCGAGAACGCCGGCGGUCAGGCUGUCGACAGCAACAUGAACAGAAUGCUCGAGGUCGUUCCCGAACACAUCCACGACAGGGCCGGUAUCUUCAUGGGUAGCUUCGACGAGGUCGAGAAGGUGAAGAAGUUCCACAAGCAGUAA